UCCCCUUGUUGCUCCAUCUCGGGAUUCCUUCAGCCCUAGCUGACAUUCUCGGUGUGAGGCAGGCAGGAGGCGCACUCAGCGGCCACUGUGUAACGCUCUCAUAGCCAACGUGCGACCAGACUCUCUGCGCUGCGCUUGUUCCCUGCUGAGGUCGCUGUGCAGACUUGAAGCACCUGCGAGGCAUCCCCACAAAUAGCACCAAAUGGGACUCCUUCUCCUGUGCAGCUUCGGGCUGAGAGAGUGAACACCUGAGCCCACUGGACUUGCCCCCAACUAAUUCAUUGGCAUUGCCUCCCUGUGCUCCUUGUGCGCUGCCAGUCUGGAUUGUGAGAGGACAAUAAUCGCAAGAAACUAGGCUGAUCUGAAGAGCUUGCAAUUCAUGGGAUGUGUUACAGUGUCACAGAGUAACGGGACCUUGGGAGACACCAGACGUAAUCAGUGAGCUACUCGUUUACAUUGGCUCAUAUUGGGACCCCUAGCGACCCCAGCAGCAGGAUGACCCCAGAGUACUUCUUGAGGUACCUGGCAAAACUGUCUUCAGUGGGCAGCAUAUCUGAGGAAGAGACGUGCGAAAAGCUAAAGGGACUAAUUCAGCGUCAGGUGCAAAUGUGCAAGAGGAACCUUGAGGUGAUGGAUUCAGUCCGUCGAGGUGCUCAGUUGGCCAUAGAGGAAUGUCAGUAUCAGUUUAGGAACCGAAGGUGGAACUGCUCAACUCUGGAUACGCUACCAGUAUUUGGGAAAGUGGUCACACAAGGAACAAGGGAGGCAGCAUUUGUGUAUGCCAUAUCUUCUGCUGGUGUUGCCUUUGCUGUUACAAGAGCUUGCAGUAGUGGUGAUCUUGAGAAAUGUGGCUGUGAUAGGACUGUGCAUGGUGUCAGCCCGCAAGGGUUCCAGUGGUCUGGCUGCUCAGAUAACAUUUUAUAUGGAGUCGCCUUUUCCCAGUCAUUUGUGGAUGUCAGAGAGAGAAGUAAAGGAGGCUCCUCUAGUCGUGCUCUAAUGAACCUCCAUAAUAAUGAAGCUGGUCGCAAGGCCAUUUUGAACAAUAUGAGAGUGGAAUGCAAGUGUCAUGGUGUAUCGGGAUCCUGCGAAGUAAAGACAUGCUGGAAAGCCAUGCCUACUUUUCGCAAAGUUGGAAAUGUCCUUAAGGAGAAAUUUGAUGGGGCUACGGAAGUAGAGCAGAAAAAAAUUGGUUCUACAAAAGUGCUGGUUCCAAAGAAUUCGCAGUUUAAACCUCACACAGAUGAAGACCUUGUCUACUUGGAUUCCAGCCCAGAUUUCUGUGAUCAUGACCUAAAGAAUGGGGUCUUAGGUACAACUGGUCGGCAGUGUAACAAGACUUCCAAAGCUAUAGAUGGCUGUGAGCUCAUGUGCUGUGGAAGAGGAUUUCACACGGAAGAGGUUGAGAUAGUAGAGAGGUGUAGUUGCAAAUUCCACUGGUGCUGCUUCGUCAAAUGUAAACAGUGCCAUAAAGUGGUUGAAAUGCACACAUGCCGGUGAUCCCAGCAGGAGGAGGAACUUAUUUCCCCUUUAAAGACAAUGUGUCUCUCUACAGAGCACCAGUCUCAUUCCUUCUACUAGGACUGGUGAAGCUCCAGUAACUGCAAAAUCCUAUAGAGGGGCAUUUUUUGUUGUUAUAUAUAUAUAUAUAUAUAUAUAUAUAUAUAUAUAUAUAUAUAGAUAUAUAGAUAUAUAUAUAUAUAUAUAUAUAGAUAUGUGUGUGUGUGUCUUUGUUUUUUAUUUAUUGCUGGCAAACAAUGAUAAUGUGGGUCAGUAUUUCCCAUCAACAAAUGGUGGAUUUUUUUUACUUGUUGCUGCUUCUACAAGGACUGAGAACUGACCCAUUAAACUGCUGAAGGUUUGGAACUUUAUUAUGCAAGAAGAAAAUGGACAAAAAAAACUGAUAAAGGAUGACCCACUAUCCAGUUUCUUAUUCCAGUGACAUUUAACUAACUUCCACCAAAAUGACCAAAUUAACUAAUGGAAAAACUUCAUUUUAUUUUUAAAUGAAAACAAAACAUGGUAGCCUAGGCAUUUUAUAUCUAUAUCAAUGUAUAUAAAAAUAUAUAUAUAUUCACAUUUUGUAUUGCAAAUAUUUCUGGACAAGAAAUUGAGGCCGUAUAUGAGGUCUACAAACAGAUUUUGUGCUAUUUUCUCAUUCCUUGAUGGAGAACAGAUGAUGGACGUAGCUGCACGCUGGUCUCUGCAUGGUAACCUGAACCAGCUACUGACCUUUCCGUGUGUUUCCUGCUGAAUCCUGUUGGGUUAUACCAGGCAAAAGUAUUUGGCACUGGGAAACCAGCAGCCUUUGUACUGAGGUUUCAAUGUUGGGAAGGGUGUAAUCUGUAUUUUUUUGCAUUUUUAUUUUAUUUUCUUCCUGUUUGUUUUGUUUCUUUUCCUGCAGUAAAUAGUAGGGUCCAAUUAAGGAAUGAAAAAACAAACUUGAAUAGACAAUUUUCUGGUUCUGAGCCAGAGUGGAUAUUCCAAUGCACAACUUAAGAUAUAAAUAUCAGCUCAAAUAUCA